GCGGGCGUUGCUGUGCUGCGCGCCGCCGGGUGAUUACAUCGAGCCGCCGGUGGCCCUCAGGCCGGAGGCGCAGGUCUGCCUUGGUUCGCUGGACCUUGGUCUGUGAGCAGCCACAAUGUCAAUCUUCACCCCCACCAACCAGAUCCGCCUAACCAAUGUGGCCGUGGUACGGAUGAAGCGAGCCGGGAAGCGCUUCGAAAUCGCCUGCUACAAAAACAAGGUCGUCGGCUGGCGGAGCGGCGUGUUAAAAGACCUUGAUGAAGUUCUGCAGACCCACUCAGUGUUUGUAAACGUUUCUAAAGGUCAGGUUGCAAAGAAGGAAGAUCUCAUCAGUGCAUUCGGAACAGAUGACCAGACUGAAAUCUGUAAACAGAUUUUGACGAAAGGAGAGGUUCAGGUGUCAGAUAAAGAACGGCACACACAGCUGGAGCAGAUGUUUAGGGACAUUGCAACUAUCGUGGCUGACAAAUGUGUGAACCCUGAAACAAAGAGGCCGUACACCGUCAUCCUUAUCGAGAGAGCCAUGAAGGACAUCCACUAUUCAGUCAAGCCCAACAAGAGUACCAAACAGCAGGCUUUGGAAGUGAUAAAGCAGUUGGAGGAGAAAAUGAAGAUAGAACGCGCUCACAUGAGACUUCGGUUCAUUCUUCCAGUGAACGAAGAGAAGAAGCUAAAAGAGAAACUCAAGCCUCUGAUCAAGGUUGUAGAAAUCGAAGACUACAAUCAACAGUUAGAAAUUGUGUGCCUCAUUGACCCUGGCUGCUUCAGAGAAAUCGAUGAGCUAAGAAAAAAGGAGACAAAGGGCAAAGGUUCUUUGGAGGUACUCAAUUUGAAAGACGUGGAAGAAGGAGAUGAGAAGUUUGAAUGACAUCCAUCAGUCUCCUCAGCUGUUAGACACUAAAGCCUUUUCGUUUCCCACAGUCCUCUUUUCUUUCUGUGAUCUGCCACAUACUUGCUCAGACGAUUUGAC